AUGAGGAUAUUCAGGUGGUCAGAGGAUUCCCAUCUCGAAAAGGAGCUCAAUGAUCCGUCCUGUGGAAAUACUCAUGAUUGGACCUAUAUUCCUGCUCCAAGAGCGGUCAAAAAGCCCGACAACUAUGAGCUGCAGAACCCUGUGCACACAGUAACACCAGAGAUCCUGAGUAAGGAGGAAGUAAGGAAAACCUUGAUGGGCUGGGUGAGACGAAAGCUACGCUAUAAAAAUGAAUUGGUUCGAGAAAUGGAGAUUACGGAAAUCAUGCCAUCUAUAAUAUUUUACUAUGUUCUGGAUACUUUCAUUGAGCAAAGGGCUUUGAAAUUCUCCUAUCAGGAAAAUCCAGUCAUUGGAACAGCACUCCCACCCAAUAGGAAAUUGAAAGCUUGGGAGGUACAGUGUUUUCCUGUCAAGAGCUUUCAAGAUGAAACCAAGUAUUUUCACAUGCCCAACAGUGACAAGAAAGGAAUGUGUAUCAGCUGCUAUGGGCGAGGCCUUGUCCUUUGUGCCACGUGCUGGGGCUCAGGUGAAAUUGACUGCAGGAAGGCUUAUUCCAACGGGAGGGGCAGGAUGCUGAGCCUGUGCCCAGAGUGCACGGGGAACAACACUGCCGACUGCGAGAAAUGCUCAGCCAUCGGCCACAUUCAGUGCCUCCGGUGCAGCGGCAAGGGCAAGGUCUGGUACUUCACCAAUCUGAAGGUUGAGUACCUGACCCACCGGAAGUACAAACUGAUCGCUGACGAGGACUUCCCCACCUCAGCAGUGCAGAAGGCCCAUGGGCUGGUCUUGCAUGACCAUACCGCGGAGCUACUCACGCCCAUCAGCACCUGCAGCGAGGAGGAGGUCAACAUCGCAUCUCAGGUCCUGGUGGAGGAGUCACACUUUGCCUGGCCCGAUUCGCGAAUUGUCCAACAGCAACAUAGCCUGAAGGCUAUCCCUGUCAGUAAGGUCCUCUUCACCUGGGAGGGACUGAACGGCUACUUCUGGAUCUAUGGCACCAAGCGGCAGAUUUAUUUCAAAAACUACCCACUGAGGAAGACUUGCUGGCCUUAA